AUGAUCUCAAGACUGUCCCGAUCAUUAGCAAGCACUGCAACCAGAUCAGCUGUCCGGUCUUGGUCCCGCUCAACUAUCCUCUCUCGAAGUUAUAAUGCAUUUGCAUCUCCCGUUCAAACUGCUGAUCUUCAAACAAUUCAAUCCAAAGUCGACACUGCCAGCCCAGAGUUUAAAGAACGCGCAGCUGCAAUGGAUGCUCUUAUUGCAGACCUUGAAAAAGAUCACCAAGCUGUUUCAGACCCUGAAGUUUACAUCCCUGAAAAAGUCCGUGAAAAACAUAUUGCUCGUAAAAAAUUACUCCCCCGUGAUCGCAUUGCUUCCUUAAUUGACCCUGGAACUUCCUUUCUCGAAUUCUCCAUGCUUGCUGGUCAUAAACUCUACGAUGGUGAAACUGUACCAGCUGGUGGUAUCAUCACCGGUAUUGGUGUGGUUGAAGGUGUCAAGUGUGUAAUUGUUGCAAAUGAUUCCACUGUCAAAGGUGGUACUUACUACCCCAUCACUGUUCGCAAACACUUACGAGCACAGGAAAUCGCUGCUGAAAACUGUCUACCAUGCUUAUAUCUCGUCGACUCUGGAGGUGCUAACCUACCUCAUCAAGCUGAUGUUUUCCCAUCUCACAACCACUUUGGUCGCAUCUUCUUCCAGCAAUCUAAAAUGUCCUCUCAAGGUAUCCCUCAACUUUCCUUGGUCCUUGGUCCUUGCACUGCAGGUGGUGCCUAUGUUCCAGCAAUGUCUGACGAAACUAUUAUUGUCCGUGGGGGUGGCCAUAUCUUUCUUGCAGGCCCACCACUUGUCAAAGCUGCCACAGGUGAAGAAGUUUCUAAGGAAGAUCUCGGCGGUGGUGAAAUGCAUGCCUCAGUCUCUGGUGUAGUUGAUUACCUCGUCGAUACCGAAGAGGAAGGUAUUGCCACUCUCCGUCGUUCCGUUGCUAACCUCAAUUACCCUAAAACCCCAGCCCUGGCUCAAUCCCCAGGCACGGCGCAAGCCCUCACUGAUUUACCGACAGCCUCGCAGGGCAUCUCACCCAACGCCUCCUCAGAUCCUACUGCCCCGCUUUUUGAUGAGCCCAUCUACAGCCCAGAGGAACUCGGUGGUAUUGUUGGUACAAACCUCCGUGUAGCCUAUGAUGUCCGUGAAGUCAUUGGACGCAUUGUCGAUGGCUCACGUUUUAGUGAAUUCAAAAAGGAAUAUGGUCCUACUCUGGUAACUGGCUGGGCCAAAAUCUACGGUCACCCAGUUGGCAUUCUUGCAAACAAUGGUCCUCUCUUUAGUGAGUCUUCUCUUAAAGGUGCCCAUUUCAUUCAACUCUGCAAGAAACGUGAUAUCCCCCUAGUUUUCUUACAAAAUAUUUCCGGUUUUAUGGUGGGCUCCGACGCAGAGCGUGGAGGUAUUGCCAAAAAUGGUGCCAAACUUGUCACUGCUGUUGUUGGGUCUGGCGUUGAAAGAUUUACUGUUGUUAUUGGUAACUCGUACGGUGCAGGCAAUUAUGGUAUGUGUGGCCGUGCAUAUGAACCCCGUUUCCUUUUCACCUGGCCCAACUCACGCACUGCUGUUAUGGGUGCAGAGCAACUUGCCAGUGUUAUGGAAACUGUAGGUUCUAAGGCCCGUGAUACUGCAGCUCUUCGUGAACGUAUUGAAUCAGAAUCUUUGGUACGAUUUGGUUCCGCACGGCUGUGGGAUGAUGGUGUUAUCAGACCUCAGGAUACCCGUAAAUACUUAGGUCUUGCACUGGAAGCAUCACGUGGCGGUCGCAGAAAUAAGAAAGAAUUGGAAGAACGCGAUUUUGGUAUUUGGAGAAUGUAG